AAAUCCACUUUGGACCCCUAAAACCAACCUUCGUUACAAGCAAGGCACAAUUUACCCUUUCCCUUUCCCAUAUAUUCAAUCCCUAUCACCUUUCUCUUUCGAUCAAACCACUCAAACUCAAAUCUUUGAUCACCUCAAAAUCUCUUUGCUUUGCUUCUAUUUACUUACAAUCCACAAACUACUUACACACCAUGACCGAUAUUGUUGAUAAUCCUACACACCCAAUUAAUAUUCUGAUCAGCUCCAUCUUGUAUAAAUAAACACUCAUAAAUCGACUCCUCGUUUAUGAUUCCUAUAAGUUCUGUUCGAGUUGAUUUCAUCUCUAUAAUUUCUAAUUAAUUAGCUUCUUGCUGUGUAAAAAAUACAUAUAGUUGAAAAUAGAUCAUUAUAGUAGAGACAUGAGGGCAGGAGGCUUCACUGUCCAACAAGCUCUAUCAGUGGAGGCAGCAAGUGUAAUAAAGCAAGCUGUGCAACUUGCAAGACGGCGCGGCCAUGCUCAAGUAACCCCGCUUCAUGUAGCAAGCAUUAUGCUGUAUUCUCCCACCGGACUUCUCCGAACCGCUUGCAUCGACUCUCAAUCUCACUCCCAACCUCUCCAGUGCAAAGCUCUUGAGCUUUGUUUCAACGUCGCCCUCAACCGCCUUCCUACCUCUUCAUCCACUGGCCUCUUAGGGGCUCCACAGCACCCUUCUAUCUCUAACGCUCUUAUCGCGGCUUUCAAGCGAGCUCAGGCCCAUCAGAGGCGUGGCUCGAUUGAGAACCAGCAGCAGCCCCUUCUCGCUGUUAAGAUUGAGAUUCAACAGCUUAUAGUCUCCAUUUUAGAUGAUCCUAGUGUAAGUAGAGUCAUGAGAGAAGCUGGAUUUUCAAGUACCCUAGUGAAGACCAAAUUAGAAGAGAAUGUUUCUUUGGGCCUAUGCUCUCGAUCUCCUACUUCAAGUACUAACAAGUCUACGCCCUCUAAGGAGAACAAUAGCCUUUUAGUCUUGUCAUCCAGUUCUUCACCUAUGCUAGGUCAAGAAAACCUAUGUAAACAAAUUAGGGUUAACGAUCAAGCAAGGAACGAAGAUGUGACGGGUGUGAUAGAGAAGAUGAUGAACAAGAGGACGAAAAGCCUUGUAAUUAUUGGUGAAGAAGUAGCAACCGUAGAAGGGGUCGUUAAAGGAGUCAUGGACAAGGUCAACCAAGGGGACGUUCCUGAUGCUCUGAAGGAAGUUAAGUUCAUAAGUCUCCCACUUUCUUCAUUCAAAAGAAUUUCCAGAGGAGAGGUAGAGCAGAAGCUUGAAGACUUGAUUAGGUGCAUGAAAACCUUUGUUGAUAAAGGGGUUGUUUUGUACUUGGGAGACCUUCAAUGGAUUACUGAUUAUCGAGCAAGUGAUUUUGGUGGGCGGAACUAUUAUUGUUCGGUUGAGCACAUGAUUAUUGAACUUGGAAGAUUGGCUCAUGGGUUAGGAGAGAGUGGAAAGUUUUGGCUAAUGGGGAUUGGAUCUUUCCAGACAUACAUGAAAUGUAAAUCUGGACACCCUUCACUUGAAGGUGUCUGGGGCCUCUGCCCCCUUACAGUUCCUGCUGCCGGUUUGGGCUUGAGUCUCAUCACAGACAGCUACGUGAAAGAUAAAGAAAGAGGAAGCAAGAAUGAUGGUAAUAGAUCUAGUUUGGUGCUGAUUGAAGAUAGUGAGGAGCCGCAGCUUACUUGUUGUGCUGAUUGCUCAGCCAAUUUUGAGACCGAAGCUCAAAGCUCCAGAAACACUUCUUCUCAAGGCGAAUCCACAAGCUCCACUCUCCCUUCAUGGCUCAGAAAUAACGGUAGUGAUGAUCAGGAAAAUGUCUGGAUCAAAGAUUUAUGCAAGAAAUGGAACUCCUUUUGUAGGUCAUCACAUACACAAUCUCAGUCAUAUGAGAAAACAACAGCCUAUUCCUCGUCAAUAAUAUCUCCUUCUUCAUCGGCAUCUUUUUUUUACAGUGACCAGCAAAACCCUAAUUUUCACCCCUGCUCCAGAAAUACGAGAAUGUACAUCCCUGAAAAUGGCAGGUUGUCCAAUCCUAGUUCCGCUCUGAAUUCUAAUUCUUCCAGUGACAACAUGGAAAUGGAAUACAUAUCAAAGUUCAAGGAAUUUAAUGCGGAGAAUUUAAAGACUCUAUGCAGAGCCUUGGAGGAAAAAGUCCCUUUGCAAAAAGAUGUAAUUGCUGAAAUAGCAGGCACAAUAUUACAAUGCAGGUCCGGAAUGUUGAGAAGAAAAGAGAAAGGGAGAUGUUUUACUAAAGCAGCCCCUAAGGAAGAGACUUGGCUGUUCAUCCAAGGCAUGGAUAAAGAUGCUAAAGAGAAGUUUGCAAGGGAACUGGCUAAGCUUGUGUUUGGCCCCUCCCAUUCCAAUUUUAAAUCUAUUUCUCUCAGUAAUUUCUCUUCUACACGAGCUGACUCGAUUGAAGAUUUUAGAAACAAAAGGUUAAGAGAUGAACAAAGCUGUAGUCUCUUUGAGAGAUUGACGGAAGCAAUGUCCGUUAAUCCUCAUAGAGUUUUCUUUAUUGAAGAUGUUGAGCAAGCAGACCAUCGGUCACAAAUGGGUAUAAAAAGGGCCAUCCAAAGCGGAAAAAUAAGAAAUGCAGAUGGCGAGGAUGUUAGUCUUGGAGAUUCUAUUAUAAUUUUAAGCUGUGAAAGCUUCAGUUCUAGGUCAAGAGCCUGCUCUCCUUCUACUAAACAAAAAUCUGGUCGAACAGAAGAAGAAAAAUCAGUUUCGAAAUCAGAGGAGACCAGUCCUUGCACAUCUUUGGAUUUAAAUGUGUCAUUUGAAGGUGAUGAUUCUGCAGAUAUGUUAAUAGAUGAUGUAGGUGAUCUUGUGGAAUCUGUAGACAGAUACAUCAUCUUUAAAAUGAUAUAAGUCUCUCUUGUGGAGUUGUAAAAAAAUAUAUAAGUCAUAACUAAAAAAUAUCUGUAUUAUAAUCUUAA